AUGGUCCUCUACCUCCUCCUAAUUGCCUUAUGGGCUCCUUCAUCUGUCUUUUCUCUGGACACCACAAAAACCAUGACUUCCCAGUUACACGAAUUUCAAUUAAACAAUUCGGCUGGAGUGAUGUCAGCACUGGAUAUGUUGCCAAAGGAAUGCACAAAAAACGGCAAAAAGUACCAGCCAGACGAGAAGUUUGAAAUCGGGAGUCUUCGAUACAAGUGUCAGAAAUAUGGAGUUUAUACCAUCGAAGGAUGCAGACGAAAAGAUGGAACCGAGAUGAAAUUAGGAGAAUCAGUGGUGGUGGAUAAUGUGAAACAUCAGUGUAUGGGAAUGGGAUCUUCUGUGUUUUAUAAGGAGACGACCUGUGGAGUUAUGGGACAACCCGAAUGUGAUAAGAUUCCACUACCAAAGGGAUUUGAGGAGGCAAUGAAGAAAAAUGGAGGAAAAACUGAAGCGCAGGGAAAAACUUCUGUUGACGGAGUGAAUCUUCCUAAAGGAUGGUCUCUAGUGGACGGUGGAAAGAAACAAAUAACAGGAACGAAUGCAUCAGUUGUCACACACAUCUUAAUGUUCAAUCCAUUACAAUUGAGAUUGAAGAGAGAAGGUUUCAAGGGAGCAGGUGUUGGAAGUGUUGUUGGAGUUGAAUCAAUGUCCGCUGACCAAAUCGGUAAACCACUCUCUUCUAAAGGAUCUUCCUCAUCUUCCAUGUCUUCUUCUUCCCACUCUUCCCAUUCUUCCCCUUCCAAAGUCAUCGGGACCCAAACUGUCGGAGCCACUCUUCACACCCUAAAAUCUGGAGACAAACAUGACUCAGAUCUGGUUGAUCUGAAUCAGAGAAACGAUCAAAAAAUGGCUGGAUCUGAGAAAAUGAAGGCGGGAAGUGUUCAUGGAUCGAAAUCAAAUGUCGAUUGGAAGGGAAGAAAAGUGAUUGUGAAUGGAAAAACUGUGGGAGCAGGAGAGGGAACGUUCUCGUUUGGAAAUAAGCCAACUGUUUGA